CUCAAAUUUUAUUUAGUUGCUGUCGGUAUUUACUAGUGCAAAGUGGCCUGUGCAAGUGCAGGCAGAGUCGCAGUGUUGUCGGUUUCCGGGUCGCAGAGUUUAUGUGUGUGUGUGUGGUGUGCAUUUGCGAUUUCACGCCUGUGACAACAUAAAAUCACGUGUAUAAAGGCAGCAUUUAUUUACUUUUUAGCUAUAUUGUGGAGCCGUUGCUGACGUAUGUAGUUCUCUUGUAAUUCAUGGCGUGCGUCCUUGUGUAAUGAGCUUUGCUGUGCGAUAUUCUUUACAGGUGCCUUUCCCGCUAACAUCAGCCACAACAACAACAGCGGCAAUAAGAGCGGUUUGUGUUUGCCGUUAUUUGCCGCCCGCUACCGACGACGCAAACAGAACGCAACACACACACACGCACAGAAGACAAUGGCGGCCAAAAGCGAUAAGGAAAUACUGGAGAAUUCCAUGUACGAGGAUGAUCCCAAUGGCAAUUCAGCACCCACAGCACUACAUCCGGAGGAGCAGGUGGACGGGCAGACGACAGCCAAUGAAGCAUCCACAGCGAGCACCAGAACUGUUCCGGCAGCAGCAGUAGUGACCUCGCCACGUUGGGGCCCUCAAAACAAAGGUGCCCAGGAGCUGGCAUCCCUCUACAGUCCAGGUAAACGGGCACAGGAAAUCAUUUGUGUUUACACCUGCAUCGGUCUGAUGAUCAUCAAUUUGGUCCUGAUUGCGAAACACAUGCGCCUGGAGCGCAUCAGCGUGGCCUUCAUCUCUGCAUUGUGUGGCAUUAUAACAGCCGACUUUGCCUCCGGAUUGGUCCAUUGGGCAGCAGAUACCUGGGGCUCUGUGGAUUUACCCAUAAUUGGAAGGAACUUCUUGCGACCAUUUCGUGAGCACCAUCUGGAUCCGACUUCAAUAACACGUCACGAUUUCGUUGAGACAAACGGGGAUAACUUUAUGGUGGGCAUACCCAUACUUGGCUAUUUGGCGCACUAUUUUUAUAUAAAGACACCGUACGAAAUACAACAGAAUUUCGGCUGGAUUGCUUAUGUGUUUCUAUGCUCCAUAUUUGUGGCUAUGACGAAUCAGAUACACAAGUGGUCGCACACGUAUUGGGGCCUGCCACGAUGGGUGCUGUUGCUGCAGAACUGUCACAUAAUUCUGCCGCGCAAGCAUCAUCGCAUUCAUCAUGUGGCGCCGCAUGAGACUUACUUCUGCAUUACCACCGGCUGGCUAAAUUGGCCACUGGAGCAGCUUAGAUUUUGGUCAAGUUUUGAGUGUAUUAUUGAACGCUUUACGGGCUUAAAGCCGCGCGACGACGACUUAAAAUGGGCUAAGAAACUGACAUAGCUAUGCUUUAGCCAACUGUAUAUAGAACUUGGACCAAACAGCGUUAACUAGAGAGCUUUGCCAAUUAUAUGAAACUAAAAAAAAAAAAAAAAAAACAACAAAACUAUUAAGAGCACAAAAGUCAUUUGUUACAAAGAUACCUUUUUUAUUUUUCGCAAAAAAAAAAUUAUAUCGAACCUUUUAAAAAAGGUUAACUAGUUUAUAUUUAUGCUGUCCAAACAAAAAGUGAGUGAAAGAAAAUGACAUAGUUUUAGUUUAAAAUAGUUUGUUAAUGAAAAAAAGAGAUAGUUUUGUUAAGUAAAAUUGUAUUGUGUAAUGUUGAUUCAUGUAUUUGUUUAUAGACCCGCACAUGCAUAACGUACAUUGAUCUCGGUACUCAUAAAAUGUUACAAUGAAAUAUACAACGAGUGAGCCUUAUCUACGUAUAGAUAAUAUGUAUUAAAUGUAAAACUAGCACACACAGGCACAAAGAGCUUGUUUCAAUUGUUAACGAAACUUUUUUAAAUCUUUACAAAGACACAAACUGCUUUAACACGGCUACAAUUUUGGUACCAAAUUAUAAAAAAAAAAUAAAUAAAAACCAUUUUUAAUACA